AUGUCCGACACUAGUGUUUAUGAGCCGCGCGAGCCGGCCGAUUUGGCGAAAGCGCUGCUGAUUAUAGAAGAGGGCGCCAGGGACUGUCUGCAGUCCAAAGAUUACAUCUCGUUUUUGACAAUUUUAGACGUCUACAUAGGGGAGCCCAAUCUAUACAAAGAAGAGGAGCGCGAGCAGAUACUAGAGAAGCUGCUUGGCAUUCUGACCGGCCACCGCGAGAUUCUGUAUGAAAUUGGCUGGGACCUGCCCGCGCUUCUUCUCAAAUACUGCGACGUGGACCAUGAGCCGCGUCCGCUGGUCGAAAUCAAGUCGCUCAUGAGCAUUAUGAAGAUUUUCGACGCAUUGGCACAGUAUGGCAAUCCGAAAGAGCUGCUAUUGGCUGGGUGCGAAAUCAUACGAGACCUCAAGAUUGACCUCGAUGCCGCCGAGGCCGAUCCAGGCCAGGCUGCCAAUCCGCCCCUCGGUCUGAGACUGCAGGAAGGAACGCGUGCGAUCAAGUUCCACAUGAUGCUGGAGUUGGUCAGUACCAGUCUACGCCGCAACCAGACAAUAUAUCCGUCCAAGUUCCUGGGAAUGGUUGUUUCCGCCUUGGUGAACUUCAUGAAAAAUCCAGACCAGCCAAUGAACGAUCUCGCCGUUGCGCGUCGCGUCUACACGUUUAUUAGAGACUACGUCCCGCCAGACAUCCCAGACACGAAUAGAGACUCGAUACAGGACCUGACAAAGCUGGUCGAUCAGGAAAACUACCUCCAACGGAAACUGCUGCUGCUGCUUCUGUCCGUGGCAGCCGAAACUGCCUCUGCCAUACUGGCUCCGGAACUGCUCUCGGCAGUUUAUCCGAAUGUGAGACAAAUGGCAGACACCGACCAUGUUUAUUCACUUGAGUUUCUGGGACGCUUUGUUAAUCUGUCGAUGUCUAUGGACGUGGAGCUGGACAAGUCGUUUGGCGAGGAAAUCGACAAGGCAGAGAAGGUGUUUGAAAAUGCCUCAAUUAGCGAGAACGAGGAUGUUUUCAAGCUCGUGAUUGAUAACUACAAUUCCACAGAGUUCAGACAGAAAGACCCGGAAACGAUUCCAUUCUCUGCCGUCGCUUCUAUCGUGCUCUACACGGUCAGUCGGUUUGUGGAGAGAAUAAACUACAGGACACCAUUGCCAUCGUUCUUGCAACUGGUCAAGCUACAACUGUGCACACUGAUCCCGUGCCUGAUGAGCACCACCAACGUCCACGGAGGAGCUAUUGUGAGUCUGGUGAUCUUGAGCAUGAAGGUGCUCGAGACAGAAGGGUUCGAGUACACCAAGGAGGACAAAGUUCUUAUCCUUGGCUAUCUCCAGAGUCUGUCUUCUCUGUGUCUGGAGUUCCCAGACUUCAGCGUCCGCAAACUGUUCUACUCGUUAACGAUGAAAGUGCUGAUUAACCUAAAAGAGCAAGACGCCUACGAGUUUGUGAUCGACACACUGGAGAACUGUUCUGCGGAGUCUGUGAGAACGUCGAUGAUAGGUAUUCUCAAGGACCUGAUCUUGCGCACCAAACCGGCUCCGAUGGAGAAGCAGAUGGAGAAUCUACAGCUGUCUGCUCCUUCGUUGCCGCCUCGCGAGCUGAAAUACAUCACAUUCACCGAAGAGCGCGCAGACAAGAUUCUGCAACUGCUCGACACGGCAAUACAGGAAACGUUUGCUGAAGAAACCGUCGACCCUGUCAUUUGCGACACGUUGCUAGCGUACAUAAAUCUGAUCCUGUCGGUCAAGAAGUUCAACAGGGACGACGUUGAGAAGCGGGUCGGCACUAUCAAGAACCACCUGUCGAAGCUGGACUCGUCGCAUCAGCAGAUCGUCCACUUGAUCGAGUUCAGCGUCGACAAGGCCGCCGAGUUUUAUAAAAUAUAG